AUCACGUGAUUUAGUACAUUUUCUCCUCUCUCACUGCAACAACCACGCGGGCAACGCAUUUUUCUCUCUGUAUAAAUAUUACAAGAACGAAAUCUCGUCGUAGAAAAUUUAAUAAAUUUUUGCAAAAAUGGGUGAACCACAGUGUAAAAAGGUAAAAGUGGGAAACACUCUCGAGCAAUUGAAAACAAUGACAACAAUUGUUGCCGAUACCGGUGAUUUUCAAGCAAUGGAACAAUUCAAGCCCACUGACGCGACAACAAAUCCGUCUUUAAUUUUAUCAGCGGCUAAUCAGAGUAAAUAUUCGCACUUAAUAGACAAAGCAGUGGAAUAUGGCAAAAAAGUUGGCACAACUUUGGAAGAACAAAUUGAAGCAGCAUUAGAUAUGACCUGCGUUCUAUUCGGUCAGGAAAUAUUGAAAAUAAUUCCAGGCCGAGUUUCUACUGAAGUUGAUGCCAGAUUGUCUUUCGAUAAGGAAGGCAGUAUUGAGAAGGCAAAAAAAUUGAUUGAACUUUACGAAAAUGCCGGCAUUCACAAGGACAGAAUUCUCAUUAAACUUGCAAGUACAUGGGAAGGAAUUCAAGCUGCAAAAAUAUUAGAAGAAAAGUACGAUAUUCACUGCAAUUUGACUCUAUUGUUUUCGUUUGCUCAAGCCGUUGCUUGCGCUGAGGCUGGAGUGACUCUAAUUUCUCCCUUCGUUGGUAGAAUUCUCGAUUGGUACGUGUCAAACACAGAGAAAAAGUCAUACGAAGGCAAAACCGAUCCAGGAGUGAUUUCAGUGACAAAAAUUUUCAAUUACUACAAAAAGUUUAAUUACAAAACAGUCGUAAUGGGCGCUUCUUUCCGAAAUGUCGGUGAAAUUAAAGAACUAGCCGGUUGUGAUUUUCUGACAAUCAGUCCCAAACUUCUCGAAGAAUUGGAGAAAAGCAAAGAAGUUAUUCACAAGACAUUAGACGCAGAGACAGCGAAGAAAUGUAAUUUGCAAAAAAUUUCAUUAAACGAAUCACAAUUCAGAUGGAUGCUGAAUGAAGAUCAAAUGGCAACUGAUAAAUUGAGCGAUGGUAUUCGUAAAUUUUCAGUUGAUAUCCGUAAAUUGGAAAAACUACUGCAGGAGAAAUUUCAAGGUUAAAAAAAUCCUUUCUAUUCACUGUUCACCUUUGUUUACAUGUUGAAGAAUUAGAAGAAUUAAUAAUAUUUGUUUGUAAAAA